AUGGUCAGGAUCGAGCCGUUCGAGGUGGAACAAUGGAUGGACACGUAUGAGACGACACCGGGAGUGAUCAACAUCUCCGAGACCUGCGCGGCGUCCGUGUCGAUCGAGGACCUGGUGCGGCUGGCCGAGACCGAGGCCUCUGCGAGUGUGGAGAGCCCUCUGUCGUCACUGGCGGCCACGAAGAUGACGUACGGCGCGAUCCGCGGGUCGGAGCUGCUGCGGCAGCGCGUGGCCGCCGUGCUCGACAGCGGCAAGGACGCGGACGUGCCGCCGCUGCCGUCGGAUGGCGUGGUGAUUACGCAGGGUGCCAUUGCGGCCAACCACCUGCUCUUUUACGCGCUCAUCAGCCCGGGCGACCACGUCAUCUGCGUCUACCCGACGUACCAGCAGCUGUACGGGGUGCCGACCAGCCUGGGCGCCGACAUCACGCCCUGGAAGCUCAAAGCCGAGAACGGCUAUGUGCCAGACCCGGACGAGCUGGACGGGCUGGUGCAGCCCAACACCAAGAUGAUUGUGAUCAACAACCCGAACAACCCGCUGGGCGUGCCGAUCCCGCGGCCGGUGCUCGAGCAGAUCGUCGCGAUAGUGCGGGCUCGCGAUAUUAUCAUCCUAUCGGACGAGGUGUACCUCCCGCUCUGGCACGACGAGGAAUCGACGACGACGACGACGACGACGACAACAGCGCCACCCAGCAUCCUGACGCUAGGCUACGACCAGACGGUGGCGACAGGCUCCAUGUCCAAGGCGUUUGCGCUGGCCGGGCUGCGAAUCGGGUGGGUGGCGUCGCGCAACCGGGCGAUCAUGCAGGCCGUGCUGGCGGCGCGCGACUACACGACGAUCAGUGUGUCGCAGCUGGACGACGGGGUGGCGCGCUUUGCGCUGUCGAACGCCGUGCGCAUCCCGCUGCUGCAGCGCAACAUCCGGCUGGCGCAGACCAACGUCCGGCUGCUGGCCGCGUUUGUGGCGCGGUGGCAGGCGAAAAACGGCGUGUGCUCGUGGCAGCGGCCGACGGCAGGCACCACGGCCUUUGUGCAGUUUGUCCAGGACGGCCAGCCGGUGAACGACGACCGGUUCUGCAUCGACGUGUUGGAGGCCACCAAGGUCCUGCUCGUGCCGGGAUCGCGCUGCUUUGGCGGUGGCCUGGACUUUCGCGGCUAUGUGCGCAUCGGCUAUGCGUGCGAGACGGCCGUGCUGGCGGAGGGAUUGGCAAGGCUGGACGGCUACCUGACAGCGCAUUUAUCUGCCAAAUAA